UGAAGGUGGCACUAGAAAUCACAUUCACCAUUGAUUUGGGAAAGUUUUUCUUAUACCGUGCGAUUUGAGUUUUGCUUAUUUAUUCGCUAAUUUACUUUUCUCCUUGCUGCAUGGUGACAAACACGUUGACUUGUAGUAGUCUUUUGCGGUUUGCUUGUUUGUUCGCUAUUUAUCUUUCAUAGCAUAGCCAAUGGGUUUGUUGAGAUUUAUUUUGAGGUAAGAGAGUAUGGAGAGAUCUUGUGUUGGGAUUUUGCUGGUUCUGAUAGCAGCUUUGGCAAGCAUUCAUAUUGUUCAUGCUCAAGACCAAGAAGGGUUCAUCAGUUUGGAUUGCGGGUUACCGACGUAUGAACUGUCUCCUUAUAUAGAAAUUUCUAGUGGAGUGUCGUUCUCUUCGGACGAAAAGUUCAUACAGAGUGGAAACUCUGGUCGAACCCUAGAAAUGCCUAAGGGAUACUCAAAGCAAUACAAGACGCUGAGAUAUUUUCCAAAUGGAACACGAAACUGUUACAAUCUAAGUGUGGAUAAGGGACGCAAAUACUUGAUCAGAACUAGCUUUUUGUAUGGAAAUUACGAUGGUCUUGAUAUUAAACCGAUCUUCGAUCUUUAUCUUGGACCUAAUCUCUGGGCCACGAUAGAUUUGGAGACACUGGUGAAUGGUACACGGAGGGAUAUCUUACACAUCCCAACAUCAAACUCAUUGCAGAUUUGUCUUGUUAAGUCUGGCACAACUACGCCGCUAAUAUCCACUUUGGAAUUACGGCCGAUGGGAAAUGGUUCUUAUAUCACGGAAUCUGGCUCCCUGGAACUUCAGCACUGGUAUUAUCUUAACAAUACAGGAUCUCGUAUACGGUAC